AUGACUCAACAGCUCCAGUUCGGCCUCCGGCCACCACAGCAGCGCCCCACGGAGCCGACGCUCGAGGGCGCCUUCCGGGUCCAAAUCGCGCCCAACGAUCUCAAGGCCCUAGGACUCCAGCAAGGCGACCCCAUCCGGCUGGCGACUGUCACUGAAGGCGGACCUAGCAAGCUGGGGCUCGGUUCAGCAUUUCUAGCAGCGACACCGAACGCCGGCAGUGGCGCGAAGAGAUAUGUGCAGGUUACGGACACGUUUAAGGAGACUUAUGGGUUUACGCUCGAGGAUCGGGUGACGAUUAGGAAGGCACUGGAUACGCUGCAGCAGGCGCGGGUAGUGCAUUUGAAAGAGGUAGUGCAGGGUGUGUUGCCGGCAGAUGCGGAGAGCUACGAGGACCUGGACGUUCCGAUACGAUAUACAUUAGGGAAAACAAAGUUUCUGGUUGUGGGCGGCGCCUUCGAAGUCGUCCCACCAGACGGCGACAAAAAAGGCCGCAAAAGACGUUUCGUUAUAGAGAGGAUCGAGCCGCCUCUCGACACGAGUCAGCCAUACGAGUUUACUUUCAAGACCAAAGUCCAUAUCGCGGGCAGUAGGCCGGUUGUAGUUGCUCCAACCGCACCCAGUUUUCUUUCGAUCAACUCAGACGGCAUAGGCGGUCUCCAUGAGCAGAUCAGCCAGAUCAACUACAUACUUAGAAGAUUUAACAAUAGCUCUCGGCUCCCGCCCAGUCUACGCGGAAGCCGCGGUAUACUUCUCCACGGUCCAUCCGGAACGGGCAAAAGCAUGCUACUAGAGAAGCUGAAGGCAGCGGGCUGGCGAAAGGUGUUCGAAAUCGGGGAGGCGACUCGCGGCCACGCAGGGCAGAACCAGUCUGCGAUUCGCAAGAUCUUCGAAGAUGCCGCGGCAAGCGCACCAAGUAUUAUCGUUAUUGACCAGUUGGACAUUCUGGUCGGGAAGGAUGAGCAUGGCAAUUCUGCUAAUCCUGGCCUUGCGCAGCUGCUACGAGCUGGAAUUGAAGGUCUGAGGCGAUCGCAAAUCCUGGUUGUGGCGAGCGCCCGGAGUCUUGGCCACAUUGAUGGGACUCUGCGAACGUCGAGGACAUUCAAACACGAGAUAGAGACACCUGUACCGUACGCUAAGGCGCGUGUGGAGAUCCUGAAGAUACUGCAAGACAAAGAUCCCUCUUUACCACACGCGGUAUCCGAGGCUGUAGGCGAGCGAACGCAUGGGUUCGUAGGCCAGGACCUUGAAGUCCUCUGUGAGGACGCUUUGGAGCGGGCCUACGACCGCCACUUCGAUCAAGACGACUUCGUCCACGUCGAGCAAGUAGACGACCCAAACAAUGACCAGGCCGAAAACGGCGUUACGGAGACUCCGGUUCCCGCACCUUCUGGCACGGAGCUAGUUCUUGAAGCAUCGCUCGACGAUUUCGAGCAGGCUCUCCGCACCGUCCGUCCGACAGCUAUGAAAGAAGUCUUCCUCGAACCCCCCAAAGUCCGCUGGAGCGAGAUCGCCGGCUCCGAACACGUGAAGCAAGCGCUCUUCGAAGUCGCGGAGCUGCCCUACAAGCGCCCGGACCUCAUGGAGUACGCUCAAAUACAGCCCUCCCGCGGGCUGCUACUCUACGGCCCCCCAGGCUGCAGCAAAACCCUCUGCGCGCGCGCCGCAGCCACCGAGUCCGACCUGAAUUUCUUCGCCGUGAAAGGCGCAGAGCUAACCUCCAUGUGGGUCGGCGAGACGGAGCGCGCUCUGCGCGAAGUAUUCCGCAAAGCCCGCGCAGCCUCCCCCAGCAUCAUCUUCUUCGACGAGAUCGACGCCAUCGCCGGCGCCCGCCGCGGUGGCGCCUCGAACGGGCUGAACGUCCUCACCACGUUGUUGAACGAGAUGGACGGCAUCGAGAGCAAGCAGGGCGUGCUGGUGCUGGCUGCGACGAACAAGCCUGAGAUGCUGGACGCGGCGCUCAUGCGCCCUGGAAGGUUCGACGCAAUGCUGUAUGUCGGCCCGCCGAACGAGGCGGCGAGGAGGCAAAUUCUCCAGAUGAAGACGGCCAGGCGACCGGUCGUGGAGGGUCUGGAUCUGGAGGAGCUCGCGAGAGUCACCGAGGGCUAUUCAGGCGCGGAGAUGGUUGAGAUCUGUAACGAGGCUGCGAAGGCGAUGGUGAGGGAUGGCUUGGAGAAGGGCAGAUGGGAGAGGAUUGGGAGAGGGCAUUUUGAGAGAGCGAUGGAGCACAUCGUGAGAGGCAUCACGCCGGAGAUGCAGGAGAGAUAUCAGAGGUGGGCGAAGGAGCGUUCGGCUGUUACGAGCUCAUAG